UUUUUUUUAUUUUGAAUAUUUCUAUCAUAUUCUGCCGCCAUUUUAUUUUUAUUUUUCUCCCAUUUUUAAUAAUUUAUUUUUCGAAUAUUUAAAUUUACCGCGCAGUAAUAAGAAUAAUUAAUUAAUUAUUGAUGAAAAUAUAAAUUUGCGAGUAUGUUUUGUAGCCUAAUUAAUAAAAUUAUUAAUACAUGUAAAUUUUAACGAAAUUAUUAAAUUUUGAUUUUAAAAUUUCGCGCCAAGAUGACGCUACAGUGCGUUGCUGUAUUUAACGGUCAAAUUUCUUCUAAAGUGGGGGGUGGUCGAAUAGUCGAUUGCUUUGUAUCAACUGGCGGUCCAACAGCGUCAGUCAGUAUCAUCGACAAUGGCAGUAGUAGUCCAGAUUCUUCUUUACGUUUAAAUUGAAACACAGUAUUGCAGUUAAUUCGCGGAAUUGUCCAUAAAAUUUAUUGUUCAUAGUCAUUGUUUAAUUAAAAUGUGCAGUGUUUGUAAAAUUAAAAUUGUGCAAAUUGUCUGUGGUGUAGUUAAGUGUUGAGUGUUCAGUGCUAGUGUAAAGUGCUGCGGAUUGCUAAUGCUGAUAACUUCUAAGUUCCUGAGCAAAAUCAUCUGGCAUCGUCUGGUGGGAAAUAGCAGUUAAGUGACGAUUGUUUAGCUGCAAUACACUUGGGGCAAUUCAAUUCAAAUCUCCAAGUGCAUUAGGACACCCUUCUGCAUAUUAUUUCCCCACCAAGGUAAGAAUGUCGAAGCCAAUUGUUUUCGUAACUGGCAAUGCUAAAAAAUUGGAGGAAAUACUCGCAAUUUUGGGUAAAAAUUUUCCACGAGAAGUUAAAAAUCAAAAAAUUGAUUUACCAGAGUAUCAAGGGGAGCCGAGAGAUAUAAGCAUAUCUAAAUGUAAAGCAGCAAUGGAUAUUAUAAAAGGACCAGUUAUAGUUGAAGACACUUGUCUCUGUUUUAAUGCUAUGAAAGGAUUACCGGGACCAUACAUCAAAUGGUUUUUAGAAAAACUCGGGCCAGAAGGUCUCGUUAACAUGCUGACAGCUUGGGAAGACAAAAGUGCCGAAGCUGUUUGCACAUUUGCUUAUUCAUCUGGUAAUCCUGAUGAUCAAAUAAUUAUUUUCGAGGGCAAAACACAUGGAACUAUUGUCAGUCCACGUGGGACACGUGAUUUUGGAUGGGAUCCUAUUUUUCAACCCGAUGGAUACACUGAAACUUAUGCUGAGUUACCUAAAAGUGUUAAGAACCAAAUAUCACAUCGCAGCAAAGCUCUGGAACAAUUAAAAAAAUAUUUUGUUAAAGAUGAUUAGAAUAAAUUACUUUAAGAUAAAAAAUAAAAUUCAAGUUUAUAACCAAUA